CAAAACGAUUAAAAAAUAACAAGUAGCCAGUAACGGCACAACAACUGCGAGCGCCAAUUCAUGUUCACAUUAACAAUUAGCUUAUACACUGCACAAUGAUAACUUGCUGUUAUCACUAACGAUUCAGUUUUGUUAUUUAAAUUUCCGAUUUCUAUUGACUGUGAGAGUGAUUUUUAUGAAUAUUGAACUUCGACUUUGAAGCGAACUUUGUCUAGCUGAAGUAUAUGUAUGUAUAUAUGUUAAAUAGUGAGUGUGAAUCAAUAGCAAAGAGCACUGCCAAUAAACAAAUAAAAAGUUACAGCGUCAUUUCGUGUGUCUGCAAUUGCACAAGAUAAUUAGUUCGAUGGCCGGCAUUGAGGAACGUUUCCAGGCGGCUGUCAACGUGAUCAAAGGACUGCCUAAGAAUGGUCCUUAUCAGCCCAGCACGAGCAUGAUGCUCAAGUUCUACGGCCUCUUCAAGCAGGCCUCCGAGGGCAGUUGCAGCCAAAAGAAGCCCGCCUUCUGGGAUGUCGUCGGACGUGCCAAAUGGGAUGCCUGGAACAAUAAUAGUCAGCUAAGCAAGGAGCAGGCCAUGCAACGUUAUGUUGAGAGUCUGCAGGAGAUCAUCGAGACGAUGUCGUUUACAGAGAAUGUCCAGAACUUUGUGGGCAGUCUCGAUGGGCUGGGCAACAUCAAUCUGGAUGAACUAGAGCUGGUGUCGCCGGGCAUGCGGGAGCUCGCUGAAUCGCAUCCCAAUUCACCGUUUCAUUCGCGCACCAAUAGUCCACAGCAUGGCUCGAGCUCCAAUGAGGAUAUCACGGCAACGGAGACGCCAGUGGCGUCCACAAAUGGACAUGCCACGCCCCUCAGCAAUGGCUAUGCUUCGAAGUUGAGCAAUGGCUAUGGGGAGCCAACGACGACGACGAGUCACAAUUAUACGCACAAUAGCAGCGUAGCCAUUGUGGAUCCAUCGGACGAUGAGUACGAUGAUCCAUAUGAUACAAUGCUGCCACAGGAACUAACUCAAGCAAUCACACACAACACGGAUAUGUUGCGACAAAUUCAGAGCACAAUUGCGAGCAUGAACAAUGAUAUGGCUGCAGUGCAGCAACGUGUGCGCGGCAUGGAGCAAACGCUGCUCGAGUUGCGCAAGGUGACAUCGGCGACGUCAAGUAGACGACAACAACCGGCGUGGUGGCCAUUUAAGGAUAUAUCGCCGCUGUGGUUUGCGGUGCUGGUGCUGUGGCCAUUCUUGGUGCGACGUGUGGCACGUUUGGUGGAGAGCAAACGCCGCUGACGACGACGACGCCGAGUGCAUUUUGAGCUUUAGCUUUAGCUUAAUUGGUAUGGUAGUUAAAUUAUACACUUUUGGUUAUGGUCAUUGGGUCAAUGAGCUUCGUCUGGCUUCGCUUCACUACGCGUCAUUCAACUAUUUUUUCUUCAUGUACAGAGUUGGCCUUAUUUAGUUUCCUACGAUUAUCCAGUUGCAAUAUAUACUAAAUAUCUACAUCCUAUCUAAAUGUAUAUGUAUAUUUAUGUUGUAUGUUUUUGUAGUCACCACGCAUAACACAUUCCUCCCCUGCUAUCCCCACAAAAUGCAUACAUGCAAUACAAAUUUUGUUUAGUUGGUAAGAAACGAAAGUUUUGUCUUGGCCCUGGGAACGCUUUUGCCUUGGUCCAAAGCGUCAUCCACUUUUGCAAAUGCUGCAAACGGUUGUAAAACAAUUCAUUUGUUGUUAAUUAUAUUUUUUUGUAAUAAAACUUGUGUAAAAUGAAUACAAAUCA